AUGUCUUCUUCCAUUAUGUCUUCUCCCACUGUUCGUCAAAGCCCUUUCAGUGAUGAUCCUAACUGGUUCUACACAAUCCAUAGUUCAUUAGGCAAUUUGGAUAUUCAUCAUGUUUUCACCGACAACACACCACCUCCUCCUCCACUCACAAUUGACUUAAAGUUUACCACUUAUACGUUCUCCAGUUUCACAAAUUUAGCAGAGCAACCACUACCAUUAACAACUGAAACAAAGAGAUUCAUGUUGGAUAUCCAGGAUUUCAAUCAGCGCUUCUCUGCAGAGCAAACCAUCAACUCUAUGAUCAGGAACACGUCAACCGGUGCAACAUUGUCCAUUGAAAGACGUCGAUGGAUGGUCUCCGACAUCUCUAAUUUUAUGAUGUCCUUUGUCCGAGAUGGUUAUAAUGAGAUCUUCAUCAACUUGGAUGUGGUGGAGCUUGUGCCAGAUGAGGAUUUGGAUGGGAUUCUCCGGGAAUCAUUUGAAGAUGCUGAAUUGAGUGCAUGUCCGGCAUCACAUGCACUUUUGGAGAGCUUGGUGACGGAGGUGUUUCGUGACGACGAAGAAGCAGUGAGCUGCAUGAUAUGUUUGGAAGAGUUUGUUGCUGGUGUUGAGGUCAAACGUUUGCCGUGCUCUCAUCUUUUUCAUGGUGGCUGCAUUGAUAGUUGGUUUGUGCGGAAGGAUUCUUGCCCGCUUUGUAGAUUCACGUUGCAUGAAGAGUUGGAUUCAUAGUUAAUUAAGUGCAGUGCAGAGAUAUAUUUGGAAACUGUACAGGUCUAAAUAUAUAAUAUGUGU